ACUCUUUUCAAAUGCUAGCCUACCCCUUAUACCCCUCACUCCUACACCCCCACAGGGAUUUGGUUUUUAAUACGUACACAUACAUACAUACACUCUUCUUUUAUCUCUCUUUUUUCUUCUUGUAAUGCAACAGUUGCUUUAUAGCUAUGGUGGAUACUAAAGAUUUUCUCAAUCUUGAAUCUUCACUUUCUAACCCUUUUGGGAAUUUUUCUGAUGGUGAUGAUUUUUCUGCUCAAAAUGUUGUUAGCAUUGAUAAGAAGCUACUUAUUGAUUUACACCAGCUUUCUAUUGGUCCUAUGAUCAGUGAUGGUCCUUAUUCUGUUGUUUAUGAAGGAUUAUAUAAAUCCAUGCCUGUUGCAAUAAAAAUAAUACAACCAGACAUGUCGGCAAAUGUGAGUCCCGAGCGGAAAGAGAAAUUCCAGAGGGAGGUCACUUUACUAUCUAAAGUGAAGCAUGACAAUAUUGUGAAGUUUAUUGGUGCCUCUAUGGAACCAACAUUGAUGUUAGUUACAGAGCUAAUGAGAGGUGGCACUCUUCAGAAGUACUUGUGGAGCACCCGACCACAUUGUCCAGAUUUGAAACUUUCUCUCAGUUUUGCAUUGGGAAUCUCUCGAGCAAUGGAGUAUUUACAUUCAGUUGGCAUUAUUCACCGCGACUUGAAGCCAAGUAAUUUACUCCUCACAGAAGACAAGACAAUAGUUAAACUAGCUGACUUUGGGUUAGCUAGGGAGGAGGCUGACUCUGAAAUGACAACAGAAGCUGGUACAUACCGCUGGAUGGCUCCGGAGAUGUUCAGCGUUGAACCAAUUAAAGUUGGAAUGAAGAAAUACUACAAUCAUAAAGUGGAUGUCUACAGUUUCUCAAUGAUCCUGUGGGAGCUGCUCACCAACAGCACUCCGUUUAAGGGAAGAAGCAACAUUAUGGUGGCAUAUGCUACAGCUACGAAACUGCGUCCCAGCAUGGAUAAUAUUCCGAGGGAAAUAGAACCCCUUCUUAGCUCUGGCUGGGCAGAGGAUCCAGCAGAACGGCCAGAAUUUGAGCAAAUAUCAGAUUUCCUUGCAAACGUUCUUCGCAAUGUGUGUGCCUCACAGACUUCUUCUCCAAAUAUGUUUGAGACGGAGCAUCCCACAGGCAAAGGGUUGGUCAAUUCUCCUGUCAUGAAUUGUUUGAUGGACAAGGGUGCAGAAAAUAGCAAGAAAAAAAACAGGAGUUCAUGUUGUUGCUUCAUGAGUGCCUAUAAUGAUUCUCUCUGAUAGGUGGAGAGACUUUUUUCUUAGGAUAUUGCAGGUGUAAAUAAUUGAAGGACUUCCCGUCUUUUUCGCCAGUUUUACAAUAUAUUGAAUGGUCUUGAAAGCCACAUGGUUCCAAAUACACCAUCAUUGUACAGAAAGCAAUAGAAGCUUUAGUACGGAAAACAAUAGAAUCAAGUCACCAGUCCGCCAUCUUUUGAUACAGAUUUCCUUUGCAUUUCUGCAAUUCUAUAAUAUUAGGAAAUUAUGAUG